CCGGUAUCCCUUUGCUGAGGGCGAAGGUGGCGACGAUGAAGAGCGAGGUGUGCGCCACUUUCCGGCACAGCGGUGCCACUAUCCUUUCUGACGGGAGGAAGUCGCGCAAUGGCAAGCCGCUCGUGAACUUCCUCGCCUGGGGCGCCAACGGCGCCCUGCUGUACGCCACCAUCUCACGUGACGGGUCCGUCCGAGACACAGCGGACGUCGUGUACCGUAGGUGGCGGGCCAUAAUCUUGUCCUUUCCUGCAAAGGAUGUGAUCGGCUUUUGCACAGACUUCGCCAGUAACUAUACGGCGGCACCUCGUAGGUUCGCCACAGACCCCAAGCCUGAGAUCAGGAGGAUCACUUGGCUCCUCUGCUCCACCCAUGUCUGCAACUUGAUGUUGUCAGAUAUCGGGACGCGAGUGGUGUGGGUCAAGGAGACCAUCAUCCGCGCUCGAGCGCUUGUGCGAUUUUUUAAAUCGCAUGGCGUUGCUCUCACCCUUUUUAGGAAGGUGAGCCCUCGCGUUCAGCUCGUCGAGCCCAUUGAGACACGGUUUGCAUCAGUUUUCCUGAUGCUGACGUGUCUCAAAGGCCGACGGGACACGUUGGAUAGCACGUUGCACGGGGAUGCUUGGGCACGCAUCCCGUGGGAUCGCGCCCACGUAUUUCAGGCGCAGUGGGUGCAGCAGCAGAUCCGGGACGGGGAGUUUUGGCAGCGUGUCCAUUACUCCAUCCUAGUCAUGUCGCCUGUCCACCAGCUGCUGCGCAGGACGGAUAGAGGUGGGAUGAUGAUGUCCGUCGCUUACGAGUGGAGUCAGCAUCUGCUGCAGUUGAUGAGCACGGUCGACGUGCCGACGGACAUGAUCGAGCCGUGCGUGCGUGAGGUUGCCAUCCGCAACCUCCACAUGUUAGAGCCCGCACAUGCCGCAGCCCACCUCCUCAACCCUCGCCGACGGUCCCUCACGUAUUACCAUUCGCUGGAGACGACUGUCGACGACCGCCGUGUGGUCGAGCAGUGCGACAGAUUUCUCCUGGCGCAGACCGGCGGCGAUCCGUUCGGCUUAUUGUACAGGACCGUGAGGGACCCGAUGAGGGCGUUCCACUCGAGGCGAGGGGAUUGGGGAGAUCGUGACCUCUCCGAUGCCGAGGCGGCCGAUUGCAGGGGGGACAGUGAGACUGAGCGAUGUGCAGCGUGGUGGUUUGAGCAUGGACGUGCCCACCCGGAGUUGCGCACCAUUGCCAUCUGUGACAUGCACUUGUGGACGUAUGCCUCCGCAGCGGAGAGGAACUGGGCGGAGCACGAGCGCGUCAGCACGGCGAGGCGCUGCAAGCUUGGGUUCGCCAAGCUUGCACAGCUGGUUGAGAUGGCCACCAAUCUCAAACUCGCCUCGUGCGCACGGCAGGGUGGUGGCUACGUGUUGCCAUGGGUUAUGGGGACCGGUCGGGGGGGGACGGCGGCAGAGGAGGAGGAUGAGAAGGAAGAUGUGGAACCUGAGCGGCAGAUUGUCGCUUUCCAUGACAGCCGACCGUCCAGAGCCCGUUCGGUUCGGGACGUGUUCGGCAGCAGAGCGACGGAGCUGCGACCGUGGUCGGAGGGUGGGGAUGAUGUGGACGCUGCUGCGGCAGGCGACGACAUCGACCACGACUGGACUGACGAUGAUGACAUGCCGCUGAGCCGCGGCCCGACGGCUGAGCGAGUGUACUUCACUUACGGUGAGUGGCAGCAGCACAACCGGCGGUGGUCUUGGAGGACGUUCGCAUGCGGAGGUUCGCAUGCGGAGGUUCGCAUGGACGACUCGGGGGAGCAGCAGCCACGUGGAGGUCUUCGCCACACAGGCAGGCGUUGGGAGGUUAGGAGGGACAGCGAGGCGGAGGGGGAGGCCGAGGAUGAGGAGGUGCCCCUUCACGAUCGUCGCUUCUCUCCCUCCCAUCAUCCAAUCUCUGCACAGCUCGAGGCACUUAGGCGUUCGGAGAGGUUGGCGUCGGCAGCGGGCAGAGACCGGACACAUGACUGCAUGCUUGGUAUGUCACGAGCGGAGACGAGGAGGACAUUGGUCCUCGAGGCCGAAGGGACAUCCACGGACAGGCUGCGGGGAGAGCAGUUCACAUCGGGCGAGGAGGGGUUGUCGAUGCGUCCCGGGACGAGACGACAGCAUGGCCUCUCGGAGAUUGAGGCUCGACUUGCUGCAGGGGUCGCCGCUGGGCAGGCAACAUUGGACGCGAUUGAGAGGGAGAGAGAGAGGGGGAUUGCUGCACAGGCGGAGGAGGACGAGGACGCAGAUACUGAGUCUGAGCCGAUCGAGACUGUGGCACGCAGACACAGGGCACAGGUGGCCGCGGCGGCCACUACGGCACAUGCAGCAUACGUCAACGGGGCACGGGGCACAGGUGCCAGAGGGAGAGGAGGGCGCCGGGGAGGACCGCAUGGCCGCAUGUCCUCCGGGAGAGGCCGCGCGCGCUCUGGUGGGAGACUACGACGUCCUCAGUUCAAGAAAGAGGUGUUAGCUGUUCUACGGUGUCUAGAUACGUUCAGACACUAUAUCUAUGGGCGACGGUUUAUCUUCAGAGUAGACCCUACCGCAGUUGCCUCAGUCCUCCAGAAGGACUUUAGUCCGACAGACCCGGCCAUCGCCCGAUGGCUGAUACGGAUUCGUCUAUACGAUUACACAGUGGAAAGGAUAUCUGGCACUAAAAAUGCAGUGGCAGAUGGACUUUCGCGGAUUCCUCUUGAGGCUGAGCGACCGAUAGUAGCUGGGGCCCUGACGCUGGCGGAGCCAAGACRAGCUGAGAGAUUUCUGGUUAACCUUUACGAGGGCAAGUACCGAGCGAUCGGGCUACACCUGAUGGGUGAGGAGAGUACAGAUUCAGAUAUUCGGAAGCAGGCCGUCAAGUAUUGCCUUAGAGCUGGCCACCUUUUCCGAAGACCGGUAGGAUCAGGGAUGCCCUUACGAGUAGUAUGUGACCCUGAGGAGAGGCAGACAAUAAUUGCGGAGCUUCACGACGGGGUAGUCGGAGGACACAGGGGAAUUAAAGGAACCUACGAAAAGGUACGCAGGUUGUACUGGUGGGAAGGACAGUAUAAGGACGUCGAGAGGUACUGUAUGACCUGCGAAGAAUGCCAGAAGAGGGCUCAUGUGAGGUAUAAAGAGCCACUUCAUCCAUCCUAUCCGACCAGGCCAGGAGAGAAAGUACACAUCGAUCUAGUGAAAAUGCCGAAAGGAGUAGGAAAUAUGAACCACGUCGUGAAUAUACGAGACGAUUUCACUGGGUUCGUCGACGGAAAACCCAUCAGGAGUAAGGCGGCAAAGGAAGUAAAGAACUUCGUCCUAGAGUACAUAUCUAGGUAUGGCUGUGUCGGCAAGAUAGUGAUGGAUAGCGGAUCGGAGUUCUUGGCUGACGAGGUUCAGGAUGUGUUUAAGAGAGCUGGGGCGAGAUUUUCGAUAGCCACCGCCUAUCACCCACAGACGAACUCCCCAGUAGAGAGAGGACAUCAGACUCUGAUAGCGUCGCUGUCCAAGUGGUGCAAGGGUAAGGACAGUGAUUGGCCACGAUAUUUUCGAUAUGCAAUAUGGGCGGACAACGUCACGGUCCGGGCUAGUACCGGAUACCCACCCUACACUUCGUGGUUUGGGCGACAUUGCCCGCUUCCCAUAGAGUUUCACGUCGAUAGCUGGACAACCGUCGACUGGGCGGAGGAGAUGUCCAGGGAGGAACUUACAGCUGCUCGGACAAGACAGAUAGCCUAUGGCUUGGAAGAUAACCUCAUGACAGCGGCAGAUCACCUGGCAGUGGAAAGAGUUAAAGGUAAAGAGAGAUGGGAUAAGAAUGUGAGAAUCAGGAAAGAGAGGGUAAGUGUAGGAGAUAUGGUCCUUCUCUACGAUGCCGCGCUUGAAAGGACUUGGACCGGAAAACUAGCGAACAGAUGGAUGGGACCUUACAGAGUGGUUGAGGCACUCGACUGGGGUGCAUAUAUGAUAGCAGAGUUAGACGGGUCUAAGUGGAAGGACCCAGUGGCGGGUGCCAGGUUAAAGUUGUUUAGGCGCAGGCCCGGGACCGCCUUGUCGCUAGCCGACCCGAAGGGGAAAGGAAAGGCCAAGAUGGAGGACGGAACUCCCCUGAGGCGAUAUGAGGCAGGAGAGAGUUCCAAGAAGAGGAAAAGGGUGAAGAAAAGGAAGGUCAAAGGGUUAGCUCUAGGAAGAAAGAAGAAAUGGCUAUUCGAGCUUAAGAGGUUAGCCAUCCAAACGGUUAUGCAAAGAGGAGAGUCUGUCACUCUCAUGAUCGAUGGGCGCUACGACUCGGCAUGGUCCGCACAACAUUGCAGUGUGACAGCCAUCAAGAACGAGACUCGCCUUGUGUUGGGUGUCCACAUUCUUCGUCCAAAAACGGAGGGCAAGGCAUCCAAUCAUCUUGAGGCGCCGGUUGUCGUGCGCCUGGUACGAGGCUUGCUUGGGAAGGGCUUGCAGAUCAGGACGGUUAUGACUGAUGACUAUGCGUUGGGUCCUCAACUCCGCAAUCUGAAUAUUGUUUGGCAGAAAAACUGCCACCACAAAAUUAAGAACAUUCGCAAACACUUUCGAAACAUCUUGAAGUUGAAGAAAUCGGAUUCCAUCGGGAUUGUGCUAAAGAAGAUAUGCUGGCGCAAUCUGAAUAUUGUUUGGCAGAAAAACUGCCACCACAAAAUCAAGAACGUCCGCAAUCUGAAUAUUGUUUGGCAGGAAAAGUGUCCUCAUGACUGCAUCUCAGAAGCUCAGCUGAUGCAAUUCAUGAAGAAGGAUAUGUUGACGACUCUGACGGACAGAUUUGGUGCGGGUGUUUUUACGACGAAAGAAGAGAAAUUGAAGAAAUCGGAUUCCAUCGGGGUGGUGCUGAAGAAGCUGUACCCUUAUGGCACGUUGACGAACAACCGAUGUUUAACUAUCGAUCUUGAUGGUGUGACAGAGUUUCAUGCGCAAGAGGUUGGGAUGUGGUUCCUCCGCGCUUCUGAGCUCUGCCGAAAUCAGGGUGGAGAUACUUAGACUUUGCAUGACGAUAUCAUGAUGAUCGUUGAUCACUGGGCAGAGAUGAUACGAGGUGCAUUGGGGA